UUUUUGUCUUUAAGUUUGUUUAUAUAGUGGAUUACAUUGAUGAAUCUUUGUAUAUUGAACCAACCUUGCAUUCCUGGGACAGUAAAAAGAAUCAACAAAGCUGGUCCUUUGAGAGAAUCAACAAGAUAGAUAUACCCCUAUUCAAACUAACUAAAGGGCCCAGAGACAGUAUCCAAAUUAGCAAAAUCAAAAAUGAAAAAGGAGACAUAACAACAGAAACCGAGGAAAUUUAAAAACAAAACAAAACAAACAAACAAAAAACCCCAUCAGCUCCUACUACAAAAGCCUAUACUCAACAACACUGGAAAAUCUAGAUGAAAUGGAUGAUUUUCCAGACAAGUAACACAUAGCAAAGUUAAGUCAAGUGCAGGUAAACUAUUUUUAUAGGCCCAAAUCACACAAGGAAAUAGAAAAAGGCAUUAAAAACCUCCCAACACAAAAAAAGCCCAGGGCCAGCCAGAUGGAUUUAGUGCAGAAUUCUACCAGACCUUCAAAGAAGACCUGAUACCAAUUUUCCUCAAACUAUUCUAUAAAAUAAAAACAGAAGGAACACUACCUAACUCAUUCUAUGAAGCCACAAUUACUCUGAUACCUAAACUACACAAGGACCCAACUAAAAAAAAAACAAGACUUCGUACCAAUCUUGCUUAAGAAUAUCGAUGCAAAAUACUCAAUAAGAUUCUUGCAAUCCAAAUCCAGGAACACAUCAAAGCCAUCAUUCACCAAGAUCAAGUAUGCUUCAUCCAACAUCUCUUAUAAUUAACUUGCAGUAUUAGUUUAAAAAACUGAUUCCCAAAUUCAUUCCAGAAACAACUUAUUCUCCAGGAAAGGGAGAUAGAAGAUGAUUUUAGAGUUAUCUUUCAUUCAAAGUUUUCAAAGACAAAAAAUCAAAGCUGUGGGUACUAAUGGGACUAUCUUAUAAUGUUUGAUACAGGUGUACUUUGUGUAGUAUCUAAGACAAGUGAAACAUAUUUAUAUCCUAAGAUAUUUAUGAUUUUUUUUGUUUUUGUUUUUUUUUUUCGAGACAGGGUUUCUCUGUGUAGCCCUGGCUGUCCUGGAACUCACUCUGUAGACCAGGAUGGCCUUGAACUCAGAAAUCCGCCUGCCUCUGCCUCCUGAGUUCUGGGAUUAAAGGCAUGUGCCACCAUGCCCGGCCCUCCUCCUCCUUCCUAUCAAGAAAUAAAAAUGGAAGGAUGAUGAGCUUUAGAAAUAAGUUUAUGUCCUGCUUCUAAUUCCACUGUAAAAGCAGAAUAGUUAGGUAGCAGUUAUACAACUUCUUUUUUAUAGUUUUAAUUUAACUCAUUUAAAACAGCAACUAUUAUUUUAGAAUUUUACUUUUAUGUUCUAAGCUAUGUGUGGGCCUCACUGGUUCUUUUUUCUAAAAAUUGUGGAAAUCAUUUUUAUAACUAGUGAACUACAGUGAUUGUAGGUUGAAAAGUAAAAUUUUACAAUUUUAAAUUAAAGUUAUGGGACAUUUCAUGGUUUGGCUGGGUAGAAAAAUAAUUAACAGCAAACAAAAAGGUUGUUGUAGAACUAGGAAUAAUAUGUUUGUUAGCCAUGUCGUUUGAGGUCCCUGCUAUACAGUAUAUAUAGCAACAGUGAACAAAGCAGGUAGCAGAUGAUUAAGAAAUAAACAAAGACUAUACCUGUAGUGUAUAGUGUGAAAAAUUCUAGCCAUUAAAUUUAGAGACUUGAGCUCCAAGACGCUAACUCUACUCUUUGCUCCCAUCACUGCCAGCAAAUUAUUUUAUCUUUGGGGACCAAUUUUUCCUGGGAAGAUUCAGGUAGAGGGUUUCUAAUAAAUUCUUAUCUAUCACUGACAUCAUCUGAUUCAAAGAGUUUCCAUAUUGAUGUUUUUAAAUUCUCUCAUCUUAUAGCAUAUAGAAUGAGAACCUACGUAUGCCAUAUCUGCAGUAUCACCUUUACAUCUUUACAUAUGUUCCGGUCCCACAUGCAAGGAACUGAACAUCAAAUUAAAGAAUCUCAUGUUAUCAAUCAAGUGAAGAAUUCAAAGAAAAUGCAAGAGUCUUGUCAAGCUGAGUGUGGAGAUGACAUCAAAAUGAAAAAAUCUAGAGAACUAGAGCCCACGGGUCAUUUCAGGGAAAUGGAGGAUAAUUACAUGGAAGCCCAAACCCAUGAAUACAGAGAAAUGGUUGAUUCUAGACCCAGACAUAAAAUGCUUGAACAAACACUUUCACUUGAAAAUUUCUGGGCACACCCAGGACCAUACAAUGAUUCUAGAGCACUAGAAGAGCAGUUACCUCACAGUUUACCAGCAGAGUCAAAGACAUAUGACUCUUUCCAAGAUGAACUUGAAGAUUACAUCAAAGGGCAGAAGGCCAGAGGACUUGAUCCCAAUACUAGUUUUAGACGGAUGUCAGAAAGCUAUAGGUACAGGGAUCAGAGAUACAGAGAAAGGGUUGAUUCUGAACACAGACAGAGGCCUUGUGAGGAAAGAUUUUCAUUUGAGGCUCCACAGACCUACCAGCAAGAAUACAGUGCCUCCCCAGUGGAGGGCCAAUCUCCUCACUGGUUACCAUCUCAUUCAAAGAGGAGAAAUGAUGAUUUCCAAAAUGAAUUUGAUGAUUACAAGGUGCAGGAAUCUAGAGAAUUCGAGCCAAAGACUUCUUUUAGAAGAAUGGAUAGCUCUUUUGAAACCCAUAAUUACGGAGAAAUGGUUGACAGAAGAUCCAGUCAUACAAUGUUUGAGGAAGGACUCCCAUGUGAGACUUUCCAGACUUACACAGAUCCAUACAGCAGUGCACAAGCAGUAGAAAACACGUUACCUCAUUGCUUACCAGCUUAUGAAAACCAACCGAGCCUAGACGCUGAAAGCCACUAUCAGCUUACCACAGAGGAGUUCUCAGAAAUGCCUGUUUCUCUGAGCCUCAGUCAACAAGAAGAUAACCCUAGCUCAUACAAUGAAGACUAUGACAUUUACAAGCAUCUGCCCUCAAAUGACAAUGCCAGUGCCCAUGAAACAAGUCAUAGAAGGCGACGUCAGAAGAAGAAACGACAUCUGGAGGAAGGAAAAGAAAGACCAGAAAAGGAACAGUCCAAACAUAAAAGAAAAAGAAGCUAUCAGGAUAAAGAUUUAGACAAAGACAAGAGCAUCAAGCAAAGUAAAAGAGAGGAAGAUAAAGCUGGAGUCAGCUCUGAAAAAACCAAGCAUCGAAAAAAGAAAAGAAAACAUGAAACAUCCUCAGAGAAAGAAGAACGUAAGCACAAAAAAGAGAAAAAGAAAUCUGUUGAAGAAAGAACAGAAGAGGAAAUCCUUUGGGAUGAGUCAAUUCUUGGGUUCUGACCCUAUAGUAUACCAAGAAGGGCUAAAAGCAAAUGAUACUGAUUUACAUACAGACAGGAAUAAGAGGAGAAAUCAAGGAAAGUACAGAAUCAGCACAGAAAACCUUUGGGGUUGUUUGUUUGUUUGUUUGUUUGUUUGUUUGCAAAAAUUGAAAUUGAACAGGAGAAACAAUAUAUAAAACAUCUAAAUCCAGCAUUCAAGGAACUGUUUUGAGGUAAACCUACUCAAAAAAUUUGACCUUUUAGUUUUACUUACAGAAGAGUGAAUAAGAAAACCAGUGGGGGAAAAUCUGAUGGAAUCAGUGGAGAAGUUUUAGAUAAAAUUGAGCACUUCGGAAGAAGAGAAGUUAAAGUCAGAGUCCAUUAAAGAAAACAGUCUCUCUCUCUGCGUAAGUGUGUAGGUAUAUACGUGUGCUUGUAUAUGUGUAUUUAUAUAUGUG